GUCAGCGGCUGGUCACAUGGACAUCUCUAUUGUGUCCAAGGAUUGAGCAGAAGUUGUACUGUUGCAGAAAACCCCUCCCCGGCUCCCCCCUCCAUUCUCACACUUCCGAUUCUCACCAUCUUCUGUCUUAUAUUCUACAGAUUCUCAAGUUUUGAAUCAAACCUUCGGCUCAACCUCUUCUAUAUAUCUUUGUUCUCGCAUUUCCACUUCUUCUCUGUCAACGCAAACAAAAAGAGUUCUUGACGAAGUUUCCUCCUAAACCUUUGCACUCUUUCUUCUCCUCCUCUCUCCCAUUACAGAAGGAGCAAGCAUUCAUCUUGUCUUGCUUUGUCUCCCGCUUCCCUUGUGAAGAUCAUCAGAUGGAGAAGAAUACUUCCGUAGUUCAUGGGAGGAUAAAGAAGAGGAAAACAUUAGAAGAAGCUCAUUCAAACCCUCCUUUCUCUUUUGAUGAACUGAGCCAAGACUUGCUUGAGAUAGUCCUUUCAUGGCUCCCAGCCUCAAGCUUCCUCCGCCUGCGUUCAGUGUGCAAAAGAUGGAGCUCAGUUUCGGUGUCUCCAACGUUUAAAAUCGCAUGCUCGCAGAUCCCUUUCAGAGAUCCAUGGUUCCUUAUGGUUGAUCAUGAACUCAACCAAUCUGUAAUUUUUGAUACCAGCGAAGGGAAUUGGAAGAAUCUCAUUUGCCCCGCCGGUUUCAACCAAGUUAAGCGAAUCGCCAUUUCAUCCUGUGAUGGCCUGGUCUGCUUCCGCCACACCUCGGGGGGCUUUGAGGUUUGCAAUCCGGUCACCGGAAUCUGCCGCAAGCUCCCUCUCCCUGACUUUGCUCAGCCUCUUCAUGCAGUUUCCAUGAGCUUUGACAAAGACUCGUCUUUCUCCUCUUAUAGAGUUGUAUUAGUUUCUGGUGAAUUGCCAAACCUGUCUUUCAGAAUGUUCAGUUCAGACAAAAACAAGUGGGAGGAAGAGGUAAUGUUAAUAAGACAGGCAGGGGAUUCCUCUGAGACAGAUAUUUCCGGUGGCGAAACGGUGUAUUUUCUCAGCAAAUCUGGUGAGGUUGUGGCUACAAACAUGCUAAGGAGCCCAUCCAAAGAGUUCUCAUCAGUGUUAGCAAUUGAAAAUGGUGAAGAGAUUGUAUAUUUUCUCAGUCAGUCAGGCACAGUGAUUGCUUGUAACCUCAAUAAGAGGAAUUUCUAUGAGCAUCCAAGGCUUCUGCCUAUCUACUCUGAGUACUCCAUUGAUGUGGUUGUUUGCAAGGGUGAGAUGAUGGUCGUCGUUCUGUCAGAAUUCCUCGAGACAGCCAGCCUUAGAGUGUGGAGAUUCAGUAAGGGGAGCAAGUCAUGGCUGCAGGUGGCGGCGAUGCCGCCGUCCAUGUCUCAUGAGUUCUACGGUAGGAAGGCUGACAUAAACUGUGCUGGUUGCGGCGAUAUGAUCUUUGUUUGCUUGAAUUCUAUAAACUUCAGUAGCUGUGUAAUCUGUAAUGUGGUGGAAAAUGUAUGGAAGGAGCUGCCAAAGUGUGUUGUGAAUGGGAAGGCUAAGGAAUUUGUGUCUGCCUUCUCUUUUGAGCCAAGAUUGGAGGCCAUUGUAUGAGUGUUAUCUGUAUUGCUUUUUGGCACUUUGAUUGCUUGUGUUUGAUUCAAUAUAGCAUGCAAGUUUUUUGUUUGUUAUGUAAAAUGACUUGACAAGUAGCUUAAAGAUCUCAAAAUGUUUGAUUGAUCACACGAAGGAAACUCAAAAUAUGCCCU